AUGGAAACUAUUCACGAGAGCGGACCAGGAUUGGGAUUGGCUUUGGAAAAACACCCAUCUCAAUCUCGGGAGGUCUGGUCCGGUCCGGUCCACUUUCAGCCCGCGUCUCACAUCUUUCGUCACUCCAGACGGUCUACUUGGAGAGAAGCUGGAAUGACCAUCGGAGCCCUUAGCCGACACACCGGAAUGCAGCAGAACGGAGAUGCGAUGUAUGUGAAAGGAGAGUGGCAUAGUGAGCAGGGGUGGCUGCCAAACGAUACAGAGCCUGUGGGCAAUGAUUUUAUCACCGUAUUGGAGCCCCAGGAGAGCACUGGCCGGGGCGUUUGUAUUGACUUCCGGAAAUGCAAAGCCAAUAUCACGGAUGGGAGCCCCGACGGCAAGAUUCCCGAAGGAGAUCUUGCGCGUCUAAUGGCCUUGAAGCCAUACUUGGAAGUUCAUUUCGCCCAAGCAGCGGGUCUGAAGUAUUGUCUCGCGGCGAUCAACAACCAUUUUGAACCGGAUGACAGUGCAAGCGAGGUUCUCCAGCCCACGGAGUUUUGCUUUACUGUGAUUCCAGGUGUCUUGAUGAUGUGGGUGGGCUUGAAGGGAGGGCGUGAGACGGGCUCGCGCGGAUCGGGACAGACAUCCUUGAUCUUCGCACCGAAUUCCACAUCACUGUCGCCGAUUCCGAGUGGCCGGACUGCUAGCAUCAUCUUCAGCCAGAACACUAUGACCAAUCUUUUCCUUAAGCCAGCUUUGCAGUCAAACUCGGCGAUUGAUGAGCAAAAAGGGAUUCAAAGCAGCACUAAAAAAGGAGAUACCGGGCUGGGUCUUGACUUCACUUUAAUUUCGAGCAAAGUCAACUUUCCAGGAAUUAGCUAUCACAGCAGCUUGGGCUCGGAUUCGUAUCAUCUGGAUGGGCUUUCUAUUGAUGUCAAUAGCGCACCCUCCCAUCUCACAGUUGAUGGGAAAACGCGUCCGACGUCCAAUUUUCGGCCUUUUAACAUGCAGUGGACUAGCGAAACUGAAAGGCUCAAUUGGUGGCGUACUUGGGAUGCAGGAAAAGGUCCAUCUGGCCACAGAGAAGGUGAAUUUGAGGUCACCCUCAGCUUCAGUGGGACCGGACAAUGGCAGGGAAGUUCUGAUCCGACUCGUCACCCAAACCAGCUAGGCGUGGCGCUCAUUUUUGACAAUAAUUUCACGGUGGAAUCUAAAUCAAAUGAGCCAUCAUUCUGGAAAUCGCUGUGUGGUGAGAGGUCCGAAAUUCCGCCCCAGUACAAGGAUUCCAGACCCCCAGUUCCAGCUUUCAAUAUCCACUUAAACCCCCUCGAUUACUUCCUGACCACAAAUCUUCUUCUCCCGGGCCAAUACGUCUUCCAAGCUGAUCAGCCAGUUCCUGGCUCGGCCGGUGAUCAAUAUGGGCUUGCGACCCCGCGCGAUGCUAUUCUCACUGGCUGGGAAAGCGCUGAAGAAAACAUCGUCAGCUGCUUGCAUGGACAAGAACAGCCAAGAUCACUGCAUCAUCGAGAUUUCGAAAAGCUUAUCCAGUCCAAUGAUGGACAGCCCUCUUACACAAAUCAUGUGGCCAAUGCCUCUGUGCUGGACAGGGUGUCAAAUUAUGAACAGGCAGUCCUACAAGACAUGCAGAAGAUACUUGAUGACUUGAAGCAUGAGGUGGCUCGGUUAUCUGAUGAGGUCAAGAGACAGGAUAAAGAGAUAAAGAAAGCACAGGAAAAGAUGGAAAGAGAGACUGAUCCUCAAAGGAAGAUUGCUGAGGCAGCUGAAGUCAAGAGAUUAGAAGAAAAGAAGGCCCAGACAGAGAGGGACGCGAAUGAUGCAGCUAUUCAGAAAGAGAAAGUGGCCCAAGACGCCAAGGAAACACAGAGUCACAGGGUUGACCAUGAGCAUGAAAAAGAAAGGGAACAGGAGAAGGCAGCUUUAAAAAGAAAGGUCUAA